AUCUGUCAUAUUAAAAUUAAUAUUAUUGUCAUAGCUUUGUUAUCUUUUUUACACAAGUUUAUUAUAAUGUCGAGUAACUCAUUACUAUCGUGAAUUAAUUACAGAAUGUGGAAAAUCAAAUGAAUGUUCUCUUAGCAGCCGCAAAUACGUGAAUCGAAACGUCUACCGUUUUCACCGUUAUCACUGAUUGCAUGACUCACUGGAUAUGUUGGAUACAAUAGGUUUACUGGUGCUAACGGGGCUGCUGUGGGGGUGCACCAACCCCUUCAUCAAGCGCGGCACCAAGGGUCUGCGCGACGUGCGAGCGGGCUCGUGGCCGGCGCAGGCCUGGGCUGAAGUCUGCUUUCUGCUCGGGAACUGGAGGUACGUGUUGCCGUGGCUGGUGAACCAACUGGGCUCACUGGCGUACCUGUUCGCCGUACGCCGCGCGCCGCUGUCGCUGGCCGUGCCGGCCGCCAACGGGCUGGCGUUCGCCGCCACCGCCGCCACCGGAGCCGCCGCCGGCGACCGCCCGCUAGACAGAGGUUCGAUUCUCGGAAUAGCGCUAAUCGUGGCGGGCACGGCGCUAUGUUGCUGUGACCAGGUGGACUAGCCUCGGCUGUUAACAGGUUUUGUCACGUGAUCAAUAUGUUAUAAGACAUAGGACUUUU